AUGGAAAAUAGUGAUUGGGUAUCAAAGAAAAUAGAUAAAUAUGUAAUAGUAAACAAAAUACUCGGAAAAGGUGCUUUUGGCACUGUAUACAGAGGUUUUUUCGAAGAAGAUUAAAACAGGCUAGUCGCAGUAAAAUUAAUAGCUGUAAAAAGCAUAUCAGAAUCUGAAUAAAUGCUAAAAUUAAUUAAACGUGAAAUAAGUAUCUUAUAAAAGCUUGAUAAUAAAAAUAUUGUAAAGCUAUACGAUGUUGCACGUACGCCUAAUAAUUUAUAUAUGUUUUUGGAAUAUUGUAUGGAUGGUGAUUUAAAAGAUUAUUUAAAAACUAAAAAAAAUAAUACUUUAUCAGAACCUGAAGCUACAAUGUUUUUCAAACAUAUAGUAGAAGGAUUUAAAGAUUUGCACUAAAACAACAUAAUCCAUCGUGAUAUAAAACCAGCUAAUAUUAUGCUCCAUUAAGGGAGAGCUAAAAUUUCUGAUUUUGGUUUUUCGAGAACUGUAGAAAAUGAAAAUUAAGCUGCUUUAAUGACUAGAUUAGGAUCACCUUUAUAUAUGGCUCCUCAAAUAUUAGAAGGAUAACUUUUUUCUUCAAAAUGUGAUGUAUGGAGUGUUGGAAUUUUAUUUUAUGAAAUGCUUUACGGAAGAAGCCCUUGGACAGGUACAUCAUAAGUAAAUUUGCUUUAAAAUAUAAAAAAUAAGCCUUUAGUAUUUCCUAGUGAACCUGUGCGUUCUGAGAAGGUAAAAUUUUUGAUAAAAAAUAUGAUUUAACUUAGUGAAAAUGAUAGAUAUGGAUGGCCUUAAGUAUUCUAAAAUGAAGUUGUUGUUGGAGAUAGGAAUAAAUUAGAGGCAAGUUUGAAAUUAAGUGAGAAAUAAUAAGAUUAAUUAUAGAAAUCUAUUACUUUAAAUGAUGCUUAUAUCUAGACUAAUUUAGUUGCAAAUUAUUUGAAAAAUAUUGACGAAAAUAUCGCUGAGGAACAAUAAAAUACCCAAUAAUAAAAAGAGACUAGUGGAAACGUAGUUAAUGAAAAUUAAUCAAAUGAGGGUCAAUUUGAUAAUUAGAAAGCUGAAUAAUUAAUUAAAAAUUAAAUUGAUGCGGAAAAAAUUCAUAAAAAUAUAAUGAAAGUAAAUGAAUAUAUUCUUUAUGAAAGAAAUAUAAGCUUCUUUUAUAAUUAUGUUAUUCAAAAAAUUAUUAGAGCUUUCAAUGCUAAUAUUUUAUAAACCUAAGGAAAUCUUUAUUUUAGAGUACUUUUUGCUAUAUGUAAAUGUUAAAAUGCUAAUUUGGAAAAAGUUUAUAAUUUAUUAAAAUCUAAAUAAAAUACUUUUAAUGAAACACUAUGGAAAUAUUAUUAAUAAUCAAAAGAAUAUAUUAAAAGCUUGAAAUUAUUAGAAUAAGAUCUUUAUCAUUCUAAAAAAUUUUUUACAGAAUUGUUAAAAAAAACCAAAGAAGUUAUUGAGCAUUCGAUUAAAAAAGAACCUAAUAAUGAACAUUUAAUAAACUAUAUGGAAAUCUUAAAUGAGAAAAUUGUUCAAGAUAAUACUUUCAAAUCUAGCUAUCAAUAGACUAUUAAUGAAUUCUUUAACUAUCUAAAGCCUCUUAUUUCUAAUACUAAUUAAAAAGAUAUUGUUGUUAUUGCUAGGUAUAUUAUUAUAUGUAUGAAUCCUUAUAAUGAAUUCACUAAUGCUGAUUAUGACUUUAAUAAAUUUUAUGAAGAAUUAGAAACUAUUGAAAUUUAGGCAUUAAAAGAAUAAGUUAAAUAAAAAAUUAAUUGA